AUGCUUCUUGAUGUAUUGAAGAUCGACUCUGCUGAGAAAUUGGCUGAUCGAUCCUUUAUAGAAGGACUCGAUACUUCCGACGUGAUUUCCAAGCUUCUGCUGUCUGUUUAUUCGCUAGAGGGUCAGGUUGGCAAAUUGAAGGACCGGUUGAGUCAAUAUGAGAAGCUUAACAGAUUGUUGGAUCUUGAGGAUGUCAGUGCCGGUGAUGUUGUUGUUGGUGAUGGUGAUGGAGAUGUUUCUGGUAUUGUUCCUGGUUCGCGCGCUGUAUUAAAUAGUCCCGAGGGUGAACCCGGUAGCGCGCCCGGUAGUGAGCCCGGUAGUGCAUCCGGUAGUGUGCCUGGUAGCGCCUCCGUCCCUUCGCUCCAUGAACCCACCGUCAUACAAGGAAUAACCGUAAAUACAUCUCCCGAAGAUACCAAAGUUCCCAUUGGAUUCACUCCCAUGUACAGCGCUCCUGCCGUCACCGAAGACGAAAUACAGCCCUCCCUGGCUGCUGGGAUCGUUGACGAUAAGCAUUUUGUGAGGCCAUGGCCUGAAGUGACCUUGAACCAAUUGGCCUUACGAUUUAAGAUUCCACGUGAACUGUUAUCGAAGACUGCACGUAAAUUGGGAGCUUCUAAGGAUCUGGAUGACAGUAAUUUGAAGCCUAUUCGAGGCUCGGAUAUUCAAGGCCAGCACAGACCUGUUGGCAGACCCAGAAAACAUCCUGGCCAUGUUGGUAGGCCUCGUAGAGGACCUGGUCGUCCACGCAAGAGUGAAACUGAUAACAUUGAUGCCAUUGAUGCCACAGAUGCCACGGAUGCCACAGAAACUCCUACAGAGGCUGCAAGUACUGGUGAUUCUACAGAGCCUGAGGACUCUGCACAAGUCAGCAACGGAUCAAGUCUGGCUACAGAAACAGAAAUUAAGUUAGAAUCUACUUACCAGAUUCCUGCAAAAAGGACACAUGAGACAUCGGAUGCGGAAUCUACAGCUGCCAAAAAAAUAAGAUUGGAAAACGACCCCAACCCAGCUGCUCUCAGGUACACUAUCACGGGUGACAUGAAGUACAGUUGUGACACGUGCAAGCAGUCAGGAUCCGCAUCCUACAUUUUCAACAACUACAUGGAUCUCUAUACACAUAAGCACGAGGACCACCCGGAGGAGUUUUUACAGAAACAAAGUCCUGAUGGCAUUGAUGAAGCCGUUGGAGAGGCUGUGGAAAAUGUAGUUUCCGCCAAUUCGUCAACGGUGUUUUCAGUGAUGGAAGGAGAUAAACGUAAAGCUUUACAGUUUCGAUUUGUUGAUGAUAUGCCUUCAAGAGACCCUAUGCUUCCAUCAAGGGGAAGACCUAUAGGAAUUGCUAGUAAUGCCAAGUCGUUGACUGCGUUCUAUAGCCGUGGCUCUGGUAAGUCCUUUUUAUGCAGGCUAUGUUACAGAAAGCCAUUCACGUCUUACCAUGGGGUUUACGCGCAUCUACAGUCAGUUCAUUAUAAUACAUCGACGGGAAAUUAUGAUUUAGAAGUUGUGGGGGAAGAUCAGAGUCACCAGGAGGGUCACCAGGAGGGUCACCAGGAGGGUCACCAGGAGGGUCACCAGGAGGGUCACCAGGAGGGUCACCAGGAGGGUCACCAGGAGGAGUGGCCUGAGCAGCCUGAACAGCAUGAACAGCCUGAGCAGCAUGAACAGCCUGAGCAGCAUGAACAGCCUGAGCAGCAUGAGCAACAGCAACCGCCCGUCCCAGAAAUAGCCUUCAAAACACAAUCAUCACGCGUCCAAGCAGACUUCAAAGACGUAUUUAACGUGUCUAACACGUCUAACACGUCCACAAAUUAA